GCGUAGUUCCGGUUAAGAUUAUUUCAUCCAUGCUCCCGAAACGGUGAAAUUUCUAACACCGACGGCGGAUUGAUAAAAGAAAACCCGAUAAAAUCACAGCGACGAUGUUCAAACUGGAAGGACUCGGGCCUAAAAUGGACCCAGAAGAGAUGAAGAAGAAAAUGCGACAAGACGUGAUCUCAUCUUUGAGAAACUUUCUGAUUUACGUUGCCCUUCUCAGAGCCACUCCGUAUGUGUUAAAGAAGCUGGACAGCAUAUGAGUGAAGCAGCUGGUCUCUUCUCUCCUCCAUCCACUGAGAGUUGCAUCAGAGACGGUAUGGACCAUCACCAUGAGCAGACAGCUGGGGCCAUGACAGCACACCCUGUGGGAGACGUCCAGUGUCUGUCCAUCACUGCACCGGAGAAAACAAACUUCUCAUUUCUAGUCUUGUUGUAAACUGUACUUUGUUAAAUACAUUGUGAUCAUUGUUAAAUGUGGUGUUUGAUAAUGUGCUGCUGUGUCACACAAUAAAGAGAAACUAUGUUUAAUCUGCAA